UAUGAAUGGAAAGCAGGCACACAGCGGACAACCUGUCCUGACCCAUUGAUGAUCUUAGUUUUGUCUUAACAAGUCCUUGGGCACUGAUACUCCUUUCACACUCGCAUGAUGUGACAGGGAACACACAUGAUAUGGACAAAACAGUGUAAAUGGUGGGGUACAGCUGGGAAUCACAAUGUGCAACAGAGCCCUGAAGGGAAGUAGGUGGGUUGGGUACACCUUUCCACCUAGCCUGCCCUAUAAAGUGCAACUCGGCAGGGAGGGACUGAGGGGAAGGGAGAUCAUCAUUGAACCAUUCAAGGUCACCAGCACUGACGGGCAGAAUGAGUACAUGUUGUUAGACUGCGGUGAGGGCACACUCCAUCAGAUGAUAACCAUGUUCGGUAGGGAAAGAACCAAUCUGAUUCUUGGGCAAACCAAAGCUAUCUUUGUGUCACAUCUUCACUUCGACCACCAUGUGGGAUUGUUCUCCAUUUUGAGAGCGAUUCCUGAAACUCGUGCACAAGAUUCAGGAGUUAGACAGCGACCCUUGCUGUUGGCCCCCUACUUCCUCCUCAACUGGAUACGACUCUAUUCCAAGCAUGUCCUCAACAUUUCACAAGACUUCGAGUUCAUCCCCCACAGCGUUUUACUCAAUGCAAACCACACUGCACGGGAAGGCUUGUUACAACAAGUCAAGACAAGGCUUUGCUUGACUGAUCUACAGCUAUGCCAGGUAUUGCACACAAAGUCAUCUGCGGGACUUGUUAUGCAACACAAUGAUGGCUGGAAGUUGGUUUACUCCGGAGAUACCAUGCCAUGUGAGACUCUGGUGAAGGCAGUGUAACCAGUGAGGCAAUACUAGUUGGCAAGAAGAUGGCUGCCAAGUACACUCUGCUCACCCAUUUUUCGCAGAAAAUGCCCAACAUACCAAAAUGCAUUGCCUUGUUCACAGAAAACGUUGGCUUUGCAUUCGAUCUUAUGACGAUAACGCCCAAUCAAUUACAUCUCCUAUAUCACAUGAAGCCAUUCUAUGAGAGCCUGUAUGGAGCACACAUUGAAGCAACGGACACGAAAAAGAAGUAUUUGAAAGUGAAACAAACUGAACCCGCUGAUGGCUCUAAAGAAAGUCUGGCAGAGGGCGUGGCAGCUACAGUUGAAGACUUGGAGGAAGUGCUGAAGAAAAGACUGGCAAUGAUAGAGAGCUGGACAUGUGUAGAUAGGGAGGAAACAGGCAGAAGUGUCAGAGGUGUGGGUGCAGAAUCGGAUGAAAAGAAGGGUGCAAAGGUUGACAAGAAUUUGGAACAAGUGUGUGAGAGUUCUAAAGAGUUUAAAGACUUGAACCUUGGUGCUGGUGAAGAACAUGGGAAAAAUGGUGAUUGUUCUGUUGAUAGUUAUAAGAUUGGUGAAGAUUCUUUGAUUCAGAACACGAAGGUAGAUCAGACUGAGAAAAGAAAACAUGGUGAAUUGCAAAAAAAUGUAAAACGUUCUAAGGUUGAAUGAUAAUAUGUUUUAUGAAAAAUAGGUUAAUGAAUUGAACAUAAAAAAUGAAAACAAUUUUCUGUUGAUAAUUAAGUUAAAUAAAUGUAUUCGAUA